UUUUGGGAUAAUAUAUUUCUGGAGGUUUCCAUAUGUGCUUCCGGUCUCCAGCAAAAUGGCUGCCAGGAUUUUUAUCCAGAGUGACUGGGCUCAGAGUCUCAGGAAGGUGGAAGGAGAGGCCUGGCUGUCCUGUAAGAUUGCAGGUAAACCCACCAUCUAUGGGAGUGUGAAGUGCGAUGGAGUGGGCGCGGAUGGAGUCCCCAGCAUCACUUCCUCGGAAGAGUUUGUCGUUCACGAGAUUACAAAGAAAACCUUGUGGAUCUCGUGUCCUGCUGAGAACGCUUCCAGUAAGUUCCUCUCCCCGUAUACCAGCUUCGCAAGGAUCCAUAAGAAAAGUGUCACAUGUCUGGAUAUCUCCAGCGGAGGGGGGCUCGGUGUGUCCGCCAGCACUGAUGGGUCAAUGAAGGUCUGGCAGACCAAUAAUGGAGAGACCAGGAGAGUCCUGGAAGGUCACUUCUUCGAUGUCAAUUGCUGCGCGUUCUUCCCAUCCGGUAUGGUGGUGCUGAGCGGCGGGAUGGACGCUCAGGUGAAGGUCUGGUCGGUGGAAAAUGCCAGCUGCCCCGUCACAUUCAAAGGACACAAAGCAGGAGUCUUGGAUCUGGCGAUAGUGGACCGCGGGAGGAAUGUCGUGUCCUGCUCACGGGAUGGAACGGCCCGGCUCUGGGAUUGUGGGAAAUCGUCAUGCCUUGGCGUUGUGGCAGAUUGCGGCGUUCCCAUUAAUGGAAUAUCUCUCGGCGUCGCAGACAAUACAGUUAAUCUUGGGGCGCCAGAGACAACACCAAGUGACAGAGAGACGGGUACAGAAGGGAAGCUGCUGCUGUUGGCACGGGAAGAUAAGAAGUUGGAGGGCGUCAGUCUGCACAGCCGCCAGUCUGUUUUUACUUUUGAUGGGUCGGAUGCUUUCAACUGCUGCACCUUCCUCUCCAGCCUCGUCAUCCUGGCCGGGAGUCAAGAUGGAAACAUCUACCAGCUGGACAUCCGCAACACAAAAGUUCCUGUACAGACCAUCUGCAAGUCAGGAGCCCCGGUAUUAUGCCUCGUGCCAUUCAGAGAGGGCUUCAUUGCCAGCCAAGGUGAUGGGACUUGCUUCAUCCUCCAGCAGGAUUGUGACCGUCUUCUAGAGCUCACAGAACCCGACUGUGACCCCGUGUACAAGGUGGCGGUCUCUGAGAAGUUGGUUUACACGUGCUGCAGAGACGGAAUUGUCCGCAAAUACCAGCUGACAGACUUGUGAUCGACACCCUUUGUAGGAACGAUCGACGGGACCGGCCAUAUCUGACUCCUGAUAGGACACAUUCAUGGAGAAGUCUGGUGGAAGAGCCAAGCGAUGGACAGACUUGUCUUUCCAGUCCGAAGUCAGGACGGCUUUCUGCAUCACAGCCGCUUAUUUAUUCACUUCUUCCUCGUAUAUAAAGAAUUCUCAGAUCUCGCUUACUGGAACAUCCGGGAGGAAAUAAAGUGACCUGUGAGGACUGAGUGACUCCUAAUAAAUGCUGACUUGCUUCUAAAGGCGCAGACCCUUCAUGCUGAAUCCUCUACCUAGUAAGGCACUGACCAGGAACAGGCAUGUGGUCAGCAAAGUCCGAAAAAUAUAAAAAUUUCCUUCCUGCUUA